CCGGGCGAGCGGGAGGGAUCUGCCGUGUGGAAGCGGGGCUGCUUGCCCGGGGCCAGGCGUGUUCCUGGAGGCCGAGGCGACGUCACAGGGCUUUACGGUGCCGCGAGUGCGGAGGGCCCGCAUGCUGCUCCCCGGCGGGAGGGCUCCCAGGCGAACGCGUGCUGGGGGGCUACGGAGAGCGCCCCGCGCUUCCCCGCCUUCCAGCUGCUGGAGGGGAGAUCCAGCCCGACUCGCCCGCCUCCCCAGCGGGAGGUGCCCGUCCUGGAAGAAAGCGUUUCAGCAUCUAGGCGGCAGGCCAUGAUCGUACCUGCGGGAUCCGUGCUUGUCCCUGACUGGCAUAAGACCCAGGAGGGCAAGGGCUACUUUGGCACCCUCCUGCAGCGGAACCGGCGCAAAUCCUUUGGGCUGAUUGAGAGGCCAGUGCUGCCCCCACAAGAGGCUACCGAUAUUGCCAGCUACAAGAUCUUCGUGUCGGGGAAGAGCGGUGUGGGGAAGACAGCCCUGGUGGCCAGGCUGGCCGGCCUGGAGAUGCCCUGGGUGCAUCACGAGACCACAGGAAUUCAGACAACCAUUGUGUAUUGGCCAGCUAAGCUCAGAGAGAGCGGCAGGGCCCUCUUCUUCAAGUUUUCUUUCUGGGACUGCGGAGAAGCCGUCCUCAAGAAAUUUGAUCACAUCCUGCCAGCUUGCACCGAGAGAGUGGAUGGCUUCCUAUUCUUGUUCUCAUUCACAGACCGUGCAUCCUUUGAAGACCUGCCCAAUCAAAUCUGCCGUAUUGCAGAUGGAGCCAAGAAUGCUGUCAAGAUAGUGAUAGGCACCAAGUUUGACCAGUUUGCCCACACGGAUGUGACAGAGCACAACGUGGCAACUUUCCGCCAUGCCUGGCGCUUGCCUGUUCUGCGAGCAAAAAGCAUCAACACGCCACGAAUGGGUGAUGGACAAAGCCUGGAUGGCUAUGCCAGACUGUCUGAUGUGGCCCAUCUUCUGAACGGCCUGGCAGAACAUCUCUGGCGGCAGGACCAGGCGGUGGCAGGACUCAUCCCUCUGCCAGAAACUCCUGAAGUUUUGGAAGAGCCAUCCCAUUGCUGAAAGCAUGAACUGGCACCCAAGCCUGGCAGUGACCCAUUCUUGCAGGAGCCACUGAAUGACAUUCCAGACCUUGAAACCAAGUUUCCACUAUGAUGCCCAGGCACAGGGAGCUGCUGGCCCAGUGCCAACAUGACCUAGGUAAAUCUUCAAGCCAGAGCACAGCUAGGGCAAACUGGGCUGAGGCAGAGAGGCCACCUGGCUGGAAGGCAGCCCUCUAAGGCCCAGCAGUCCUUGCUCGAUGCCCACGACACCAGCCCUGCUCUCUAAAGUAGCCAUGGCCGGUAUGGUUGCUGCCACAUGCUUCAGAGUCGAAGCUCAGUUUGAAAAGGGGUGCAAGGAAGCCACCCUCUGGCUUUAAGCCAAAGGUGUGCCAAAGCAAGGAUUGCUCCCUACCAGCAUGAGAAGUGAGCAGGGGGGGUGGAUUGUGCCCCCCACUGGGUAGGUUGCAUUCAUCCACCACCACCUCUGUAUGGAUUCAUUGCCCUGUACAUAUCAUGGCAGCCACUUUAAUAAAGGUUUAUCACUCACAGCUGA